AUGGCUCUGGCAUUGCUCCUUCUGCUGAUCGCAGUGGUCGGGGCGGAAGAAGGUACCAAGAAUCAAGUUUAUCACAAACUGCCGGGAACGGCAGACUACGAGCUCAUCAGUGCAUACGAGGAUCUCGUUACCAUGGUUACUAACAACAUGCCACUGGGCUUGCAGGAUCUACCAAGAAGGAUGAUCUUAUUCAGCGCUUGGUACAUUGCAUCCCGAAGCCUGCACAGUGCUUUUGCGGGUGGAGUCUGCUCGUGCCGGGGGCAAGGCCCGGAGUCCUUGCAAGGCUUCAUUCGCACCAGAAUCUGCAAACUGGAUCCUGACGCUAUGGAGACCAUCAGUCCAUUCCUCUUCGGUGAAAAUGAGCCUAGUCAGGAGUUGACACCUGCAGAGCUUUGGGCCCAUGUGGCCAAGAGAUCUUUAUACCUUGCCGAGAUCGGUCGAACUUACGCAGGUGUCACGGCAGAUGCCGCCUUUCAAGCCUCUCUGCUCUCUUUGGCGCACCUCGCCGCUUCUCUGCCUGAGUUGGGCACGAGCUGGAUGAGUGGAAGGCCGCCCAGACUCGUGUUGCCCCACUGCAGCUCGGAUGACUUCGAAGGCGCCUUCUGGUGGGAAGGCGUGUCCUCUCACAACAGCGAGCACUGGCUCCUUGCGCUCUUGGACAAGCUUGGUGAGAGCUCACACCUGGCAGUGGCCUUGCAGUCAUCUCCCAGUGUCCGACUUGCCGAGGAAGGAUGCACUGUGAAUCCAAACAUGCUUCUACUGCAAGAUCCAGUCCAGUGUUUGCUAGAUUCCGGUGGAUGGGAUGCCGUGCUCAUGGUGGAUGGCUUGGACAACUUCUCGGCUGUAAGUGCGGAACAGGGCCGUAUUUCCGGGACUGCGGUGAACGAAACCUUCCGUUUAGACUGGGACAAGGAGGGCAAAGUGACAAGUUUCAAGUUCGGGAAAAUAGUACGGAAUCCACGGCGUGGCGGCCGUGCUUCGAUGCUCCCGAGGACGGCUGACAUUUUGGUCGUUUCGCCUCAGGCUGGAAAUUGCUUUGAUGCGGCCGAGAUGAUUCCUCCUGUGCGAAGCAGCGUUCGCCUCGUCAUUAUGUCCAUCAACCCCCUCUAUGCUCCUCCGACACGUGUCAUGCCAAACUUCGAGGAGACCUUGCCACAGCGGAAAGGCUUGGCGGAUCUCAAGCCCACCGACAGGCACAAACUGCAACGUCUCCUCUUCCUGACACAAUGCUCCCUGCAAAGCGCGGUAGAUCUAAUGGCACCACGCUUUGUGCUGCUGUUCGUGGACGGAGCUCGGGCCAUUUUCGCGGAGAAGUCUAUCGUGGGGCAGUACUGCACUCCGAUCCCGAGCGGAGAAGCUUGUGCCCCUCUAGAAUUGCUUUGGCACCGCGGGGCAAGCUGCGCACCGGCAAUCUUGCAGCUGAUUCCAACGGAGAGGGAGGAACAGUUGAAAGAGGCGGAGUUCCUAGCCGAGUCCACUUGGCCUUGCGAGGACUACGUCGCCAUGGACUUGCCGGAAGUUUCUCUGGAUAUGUUGGAGAAGCCGCAGUUCCUGAACAAGGACUUCUAUGCCGAUGGCAUGCCGCAGUGCCGCACAGCGACCUCACACCAGGUCUUUGAACCGGCAUCCUGGCCACAUACGCCGGGUCGGCAGCAUGCGAUUGGCUCCCGUGGGCACUGCCUUCCCAAGGAGGGCUUCUGUGAAUGCUUUCCCCCAUGGCGGGGAGCACGGUGCCAUCGACCUGAUCUAGCAUCUGAACGAGGCGAACCUGGUGGAAAAGGACACGAUGAUCUCAUGAUGGUGACAAUGGCUUCCGGCGGCCGUAUUGAUGAACUGCUUUUCGUACUGCCCAACUGGUGGGAUAAUUUCAACUGGAAGUGGGACCACCCUGUGCUGGUCUUCCACCAGAAUCUGACGCAGGGCGAUGUUGCGCUGGUUCGGAAUGCUUCGCGAAAUCGGGUAUGGUUUGCAAACAUCGAUCGGUAUUUCCGUGAGCCAGAAAAGCCGCCCUAUGGUCCAGACAGGCUUCCAGAAGCAGGUCUGCGUGCGGGGUAUCGUCUAAUGUGCAGAUUCAAGGCGACCUAUGUCCUGGAUCAGCCAGCAUUGCGGGGCUCUCGAUGGAUGUUGUGGAUGGACUCGGACUCCUAUUUCACCGGCCAGGUGCCGCAUGAGUUCGCCAAGGAGAUGAACGCCGCGGGUGCCAUUUUUGGCUACACCCACACCGGCUACGAAGACUCCCCUCUUGUGAAAAACCUCUUCGAUGCUGCGCUGCUCUUCGAGGCCGUGGAGCUCGGAGGAAGUAAGGGCCGGCCGCCGGCAGCCUUGGAAGAAGAGGAGGGCGGAGUUUCCAACCAAGCUCGUGCCUUUGCAGAGGGCUUUGAUCCGCCCGAAAGAAGCCAAUACUACGAACGGCUGUUGACUGUUACGUCUGGCUUGGAUCGAGGGCAAGUGCUCCCGUUCGGGACACCGACAUGGAAAGGCAAGGUACCUCUCACCGACUUCCUGCUGCUGGACAUUGCCAGUUUUCGGACGAGUGCUUUGCGAAGGUUCACAGAUUGGAUUGAUGAGUGGGGUGGCUGGUGGCUCUAUCGAUGGGGCGAUGCAGCUAUCAGGGGCGUUCAAGCAUGGCUGAUGCUCGAGGCCAAAGAGUGCCUCAGCUUCUCCGACUUGCCUUAUGUCCAUCAGCACUUCUGCCGAUGUGGCAAUCCAGAUCAAGAUUGUGCGUUCUUGGGCAGGGGAGAGAAGCUUUUCAAUUGGACAUGCCAAGAUCCAACCUAA